AUGAAGGCAGUAUGCCCGGAUCUGAUCGAAUUUGCCUAUGUGCCAACAGCAAGCUUACACACUGAGGAGAGCGAUCCGAAACGCAGGCGGACCGACGACGAUUUGUACGAGCUGCCGGGUCAGGUAGCGCCGCAGUACACGCUCCUCUUUGAGUUUACCGACCGAUCGGUCGAUACGUCCAAAGCGACGGGGAAGCGGGUGCUCAAUGUCAAAAGAGGUGCGUCACAAAAAGAAACGAUUCGCGUGAUUGGCCGACGGAACGACAUGUUUGAGCGCGCAAUGAACACGAUGCUCUGCGCAUGCGAGGAAGCGAGCACCGAUCCGCUGGUUCUAGUGAUGGAGGCAGCACAAAAGUAUGUGCCGGUACGCCCAGGCGAAGUUCCGCUGGACCACGAGCGGAGGACGCAGCGGGAGCGACUCGAUGCAUGGGCACUCGAUCCUGCAUCCAAGCCGAGCGUCGCACAAAUCCUGGCUGAACUCAAGGAGCAGCCAUGGUGGCGCGAACAGAUUGUGCCUGGUGGUCGCCGCACAUUUCCAGCGCGGCCGGCCAUCUAUCUUGAUCCGGAGCCUGCACUCGACGACGAAACGGCCACGGCGCUCAAGCAGGCGCACGGGAUCUCGCAGCUGUACCGGCACCAGGCGCUUGCUGUGAAUGCGUAUCGCCGAGGCAAAAACGUCGUGGUAUGCACAGGCACCUCGUCGGGAAAGUCGCUUGUCUACCAAAUUCCCAUCGCGAGUGCACUUUCCCAGGACCCCGAGGCGACGGCCAUGUGCAUCUUUCCGACCAAGGCGCUAUCUCAAGACCAGCUGCAAUCGAUGCACCGCCUCUUUUUUGCGUAUACCUCGCUUGGGGGUGCAUCAAUCGCUACAUACGACGGUGAUACGCCUCGCGAGGAGCGCCGAGCAAUUCGCGAAUCUGUGCGUGUGCUCUUUACAAAUCCAGACAUGCUGCACCAGUCCAUUCUUCCCCAUGAAGAAAUGUGGCGCCGCUUCUUUCGGGGUCUGCGUAUCGUCGUGGUGGACGAGCUGCACGUCUAUUCGGGCAUUUUUGGGACGCAUGUUGCGUUAAUUUUGCGGCGCUUGCGCAGAGUGUGCACGGCGCUCGGCAACCCCAACGUGCAAUUUGUGAGCUGCAGUGCAACCAUUGCCAACCCUGCCACGCACAUGGCGUCACUCCUUGCGCUGUCUGAAGACUCGAUCGCAGUUGUCGACGAGGACGGGUCGCCAUGUGGUUGCAAAGAAUGGGCCGUGUGGAACCCACCGGAAAUCGAUCCCGACGGACUUGGCGGAGCGCGUGUCAGCUCGUACACCGAGGUGUCACAACUCUUUCGGCACCUCAUUCUGCAUGGCCUGCGCACGAUCGUCUUUGCCAAGGUCCGGCGGACAUGCGAGAUUAUUGUGAGACAGGUCCGCGAAGACCUCGCGCGCGAUGGGCACACGGACCUCGCACAGCGUGUGCAUGGCUACCGCUCGGGCUACUCGGCCGCCGACCGCCGCCAGCUCGAGCAGCAAAUGUUUUCCGGCGACAUUCUUGGCCUAGUCGCCACGUCAGCUCUAGAGCUUGGCGUGGAUAUCGGCAGCCUGGAUGCCGUCAUCAUGUUUGGCAUGCCGUACUCAGCCGCGAGUAUGUGGCAGCAAGCGGGCCGUGCAGGCCGGCGGCAACACGAUGCACUCGUUGUCUUGCUCGCCGAGCCAUUCUCGGUGGACCAGUACUACAUGCGCAAUCCAGAGCUGAUAUUUACGCAGCCCCAUGCGCCACUGUGGGUGGACACUCAGAAUGAGUUUGUCCUCUCGUCACAUAUUCAGUGCGCUGCCCUCGAGGUGCCGAUUGAGGUGCACGAAGACACGGCCUUUUUCGGGCCCCGCCUCGACGCACUUGCGCUGCAGCAGCUUGAAAAAGAUGCAGCUGGGUUCUACCACUACACAGAUACAAGCGGCACACAGCCUGCCAAGUCCAUCUCCAUUCGAGGAGCGCGCCAAGAAACAUACAAGUAUGUCGAUACCAACACCGGCGCUGUCCUCGAAGAAGUCGAGGUGGAACGUGUAUUCUUUGAAGCCUUUCAAGGCGCUGUAUUUUUACAUCAAGGCACGACGUACAUCUGCCAGGAUGUAUUGCAUGACCACAAUGUCGCACUACUUGCGCGUGCCGACGUCAUGUACCAUACACGUCCCCGCGAUCUGACCGACACAGAUGCGACACAGACAUGGCGGAUUCGUACGCUCGAGCACGCCCAUCUGCUCGCUUACUAUGGCCAGGUAACGCUCACGUCGCGCGUCUGGGGCUACUACAAGGUCGACCGCCGCGCAAACAUUCUCGACACGGUCGAAGUCGACUCGCCGCCCAUGGUCCGCUCGACCAAAGGGCUCUGGAUCGAUGUGCCAUGGUCGAUUAUCGAGCAGAUCGCCGAGCACGGCAUCAAUGCACCAGCCGCGAUCCAUGCCGCGGAGCAUGCCAUUUUGAGCCUGACACCGCUGUUUGUAGCGAGCGGCUCGGACGACGUGCGUACGGAAUGCAAAGUUCCUCGCCGCGAGAUCGGCGACAAGAAGCAGCCGACGCAGCGCAAGCGCCCAUCGCGCUUGAUCUUUUACGACAAGCCCGGGAACGAUGCUGGAAUCUGCGCACAAGUCUUUCAGCAUCUCGAUGCACUACUACGCAUUGCGCUAUCGGUCAUUGAAAAGUGCCCGUGCCCCGACGGGUGUCCCGGCUGUAUCGAGACACCAUCGUGUGCCGGCGACGCCGUCUCGUCCAAAGUCGGUGCCGGAGCCGUGCUGCGUGGCCUGCUCGACCAGCCGGUCUUUGGCGAGCACGAUCCAGUGCACUACGAGGAAGGCCACGCGGCUCGGCAGCUGGGCCAAACGGAUGCACUACUACAUACGCUUUGCUCGCCGGAGCCGGUGCCGAUGCGCGACGACUCUAUUACAGUGGAGCAAGUCGUGGAAGAAGCGAUGGUCGCACGGCCAUGGCCACGAAACGCGCAUAGAUGA